AAAAUUUUUUCAAAUUCCCCUUUGAUCCCCCGACAACAGGAAACAAUUGUAAAAAAAAUUUUUUUUUUUUUUUUUUUUUUUUUUUUAAAAAAAAAUGUCUCCAAUAACACGUAGCAAGACAAUUCCAAUUCGAUAUCUCUAUCCUGACUUUCCUAGUUUCCUAAACCUUGAAGUAGCUUAUAAUAAAGCACUUUCUCGUAUUCAACAAGAUGCCAAAGAAAUGUUGGAAAUGGUAUUGGACGAACAUGAAGUUAGAGUUCACUUAUAUAGUCCUAACGCGUCUCCAGAAUAUUGGUUGGUUAAUAAUAAUGAAGCAUUAGAAGAAGUUGUUUAUUAUAAAAUGAGAACUAGGUUAGUUAAUAAAUAUAGACAACAGUUUAUGAAUAAAGGAAUUGAUAUUUCAAAAUACGAAGAACCACAACAAAAUGUACAAGAGUUAUUUUCUCGUGAUACACUUCCAGUAAUGGAUAUUUGUGGAUUCGCAAAAGAAGGUUAUGAAAAAUAUAGUUUCUUUCACGAAGAAGAAGGAGCAUCUUCAUCAACUGCCUUUUAUCAACAAUCAUCAUCACCACCAUCAUCGCGUAAUUUUAGUUUCUCAUUUAAAUUUGAGUCAAGUCAAACACUUCUUGGAGAUUACACUGAUACCGAAAUUGAUGAUACUAGAUCAUCACCUUUAGUUCACCGUCAUCACGGACGUACACAAUUCAUUAGUAAUUUCUUGAGCGUAAUUAAUUUUCAAUUACCUAAUAUUCAGCUGCCAAUUAAUUUAUUAAGACGCGAAAGUUUUUAUUUUAUAUUCAUUGUUUUAAUUUCAUUUUUGAUGUUUGGCUAUUUGUUUGAACUUGACUUGAAUAAAUCUACACAAGUGCAACUACAAAAGAAGGUGACAAGAGGAAGGUUGAAUGAUACUGUUAGAGCACAAGUACAACAAUUUAUUGAACAGGAAAUGUCACGUGUUUCAACAUCACCUACUAUAAUUGGAAGAAAAGAAUAUAUAGGAAAAGAAGUAGAUAAUAAUGAUGGUAGAUUACUUGGAUAUGUUAGAACACAAUUAAAUGAAGUUCUUCAAGAACAAUUAGAAAGAAUGAUGGAAGGUACAAGUACAGAUUAUGCAUUGUAUGCAAGCGGAGCAAAAAUCAUACCUAGAUUAACAUCACGUACUUAUGAAAUAUGGCCAAGUAAGGUUAUUCAACGUUUUUGGGGAAAAUUAACACGUCGAAAUGUUAUUACUAGUAAAAAACCUGAAAUCGUGAUAUCACCAAACAUAAAUGUUGGUGAUUGUUGGUGUUUUAACGGUACACAAGGACAAAUCGGGAUAAAAUUAUCGAGGAACAUUAUAGUUACGCAUGUUACUUAUAGUCAUAUUGGAAAAGGAGUAUCGAUUGAUCCAAUUUCUUCAGCACCUCGUGAAUUUGAAUUGUGGGGUUUAGAUGAAAAAAAAGAUUUCAAAAUAUCCUUAGGAAAAUAUCAAUAUGAUUUAUAUGGUCAUCCUACACAAUUGUUUAAUGUAACCGAUGAGAUUGCAAAGAAGAAUAAUAAGAGAGUAAGUUCUGUUUUAAUGAGAGUUUUGAAUAACCACGAAAAUCCUAAGUUUACAUGUUUAUAUCGGCUUCAAAUUCAUGGUAUCAUGCCUAAUUAAUAAUUGUUAUAUAAUUAUUAUUAUAUACUAACAAAUUAUUACUCAAAUCAUUACGCUAUAUAUUAGUCUAUAUUGCUUUAUACAAAUUAUUAUACUAUACAAAAAAAA